AUGACUGGCCGAGGCAAGGGAGGAAAAGGUCUAGGAAAGGGUGGUGCCAAGCGUCAUCGCAAGGUUUUGCGUGAUAACAUCCAGGGAAUCACCAAGCCCGCUAUCCGUCGUCUGGCUCGUCGUGGAGGAGUCAAGCGUAUCUCCGGUUUGAUCUACGAGGAAACUCGUGGUGUUCUGAAGGUGUUCCUGGAAAACGUGAUCCGUGACGCUGUUACCUAUACUGAACACGCCAAGCGGAAGACCGUCACUGCCAUGGACGUCGUCUAUGCCUUGAAACGCCAGGGACGAGUUGAACAAACUGCUCUCGGGCGUCACCAUCGCUCAGGGAGGUCUGCAAUGGCUCGUACCAAGCAAACCGCUCGUAAGUCCACCGGAGGAAAAGCUCCUCGCAAACAGCUGGCCACUAAGGCUGCUCGUAAGAGUGCUCCAGCCACCGGAGGAGUCAAGAAGCCUCAUCGUUAUCGGCCAGGAACCGUUGCUCUGCGUGAGAUCCGUCGUUACCAGAAAUCCACCGAGCUGCUGAUCCGCAAGUUGCCCUUCCAGCGUCUGGUUCGUGAAAUCGCUCAGGAUUUCAAGACCGAUCUGCGUUUCCAGAGCUCGGCCGUCAUGGCUCUGCAGGAAGCUAGCGAGGCCUAUCUGGUUGGACUGUUCGAGGACACCAAUCUGUGUGCCAUCCAUGCAAUGACUGGCCGAGGCAAGGGAGGAAAAGGUCUAGGAAAGGGUGGCGCCAAGCGUCAUCGUAAGGUUUUGCGUGAUAACAUCCAGGGAAUCACCAAGCCCGCUAUCCGUCGUCUGGCUCGUCGUGGAGGAGUCAAGCGUAUCUCCGGUUUGAUCUACGAGGAAACUCGUGGUGUUCUGAAGGUGUUCCUGGAAAACGUGAUCCGUGACGCUGUUACCUAUACUGAACACGCCAAGCGGAAGACCGUCACUGCCAUGGACGUCGUCUAUGCCUUGAAACGCCAGGGACGCACUCUGUACGGUUUCGGAGGUUAA